AUGGUCGCCCUUCUCUAUCACUGUCUCGCCUUUCCCUUAUGCUUCCUCAUCAUAUUCCCCUUCCUGGUCGACAAUGGGGCGAACGCGGGAACACUACCACCCGGCGCACCGUGCUCGCCGGCACACGAUCACCUCGAUCUCAUCUCACACAAAUUUGUCUCGCAGUGCAGCGAUCUAACAUUUUGCAGAACGUCCAAUAACGACACCGUUGGUGAUUUAAACGUCACGCUUAGUGGCGGAGAAGGAGGGAAUGGGACGUGCAUACCCCGCCUAUGCCGACGCGACGAGUUUCCUUUCGGAUACGACCGUGAGGAGGAUAUAUACGGUGUUGACGUUCAGCCAGAUCUGCCGCCAAUGUGCGCCCAAGACAUGUAUUGCCCUGACGAAGGCAGCGGGUGCAAAUCCGUCCUAACCCCAGGACAAAAGUGCCAGAUGGGACGAGACGAGCAGUGUGAUCAGCGAUAUUCAAGUGCAUCGCUGUCCGAGCCGAAUGAUCCAGUGAACAGUACAAUCGACUUGGCCGUGCGCUCUCGCGACGUAGACGGAGGGGCUGUGGGAAGCUCUAGCUCUGGCUUUGGGAGGGAGAAAGUUUUCCAGAUCCCUCCCAAGUUACACGCAAACGAACUGGGAGCCGAUGGAUUGAAAAAUGAAACGGGAGGAGAAAAUCAGACGGUCAGGGUCCUUUGCUUGCUGCAAACUUGCACCGUUGCAAGAAUCGGGGCCGAUGAACCAUGCAUAUUUGAGAACACAACAUACGCGUCGUACGACGCACAGGGUGUGCUCGUGGAGUAUAACAUCUAUCGGGAUAACUGUCUCUCCGAGGGUGGGCUGUUCUGUGGUUUGGAGAGUAAGCGGUGUGAGCGUAAGAAAGAGCUUGGGUGGGCAUGUGCUACUGAUGUUGAGUGCGUCUCCUUUAACUGCAUGCAGGGCAUAUGCACGCGGUCACCCGAGACGCCGUACGUGGUCGCGCCUUGGCAAUACGCGCUCACAAUACUCUCUAUCGUCGGAGCCACGGCAUCCACAUUCACAAUCCUGAUGCUCCUGCAUAAAAGGCAUCGCGCACGUCGAUAUAGGGAGAUUGGAGAGUACUACGCCGAGCAGUUGAGGUGGGUUUCAUUCCUCGUUAGCUUGUUUCCUCGAGUCGAGUCGUUGCCUAUUGUCCCUGGAGUAGAAUGGAGUGUUGCGACCCCCGAAGACACCCACUAA